UGGUGAGAGAAAUGAAUGGCGUCCAUACAGAGAACUCGAGCGGAGUGAAGCGCGUCCUCGACGCCCGGAUGUUGCGGAGACGCGCUCGUGGUAAACCGUCAUCAUCAUCAUCCACAGCACUUUAAACAUGACAGAUGAGAUGUUUUCAUAACGGAGCUUUUCAAUGUGGACGAGGAGAUGAAGGAGUCAGAAGAAUUGAAUGAAGGGCCAAAGUAUGCCAGCGGCACCAGAGCACCCACCUGUAGAGAUGCCCCUCAUCAGUCUCCGGCUCAGUCCGCUGCGCUGUCCUGGCAAGCGGCGAUUCACGCGGCGAGACAUUCCCAGGGCACAUCCCAGAGCGCCGGCGUCCCGUCGGCUCCCGCCGGCUCGCUGGCCCAGAGGAAACGGCAGCAGUACACCAAAAGCAAGAAGCAGGGGAGCACCACCAACAGCAGACCACCCAGAGCACUUUUCUGCCUGACCCUGAGUAACCCCGUACGCAGAGCGUGCAUUAACCUGGUGGAGUGGAAACCUUUUGAUAUCUUUAUACUGCUGUCCAUUUUUGCCAAUUGUGUGGCCUUAGCUAUUUACAUUCCCUUUCCUGAAGACGAUUCCAACUCAACGAAUAGUGAUUUGGAAACAGUAGAAUAUGCCUUUCUGAUCAUUUUCACGAUUGAGACCUUUCUCAAGAUCAUUGCUUAUGGACUGGUCAUGCAUCAGAACUCCUAUGUGAGAAAUGGCUGGAACAUGUUGGAUUUUGUUAUCGUCAUUGUGGGUCUUUUCAGCGUGGUGCUGGAGCUGCUAACCAAAGAUCGAGAUCUUUCCGGAGGGAAGCCAGGUGGAUUUGACGUGAAGGCUUUACGAGCAUUUAGGGUUUUGCGGCCCCUCCGCCUCGUCUCCGGAGUGCCAAGUCUACAGGUGGUGCUAAACUCCAUCAUUAAAGCCAUGGUUCCACUGCUGCACAUCGCUCUGCUCGUUCUGUUCGUCAUCAUCAUCUACGCCGUCAUCGGCCUUGAGCUCUUCAUUGGGAAGAUGCAUGCCACCUGCUAUCUGAACGGCACACGAACAUUUGCAGAAGAAGAGCCCACCCCCUGUUCUCUUUCAGGUCACGGCCGUCACUGUCCUUUCAAUGGCACUGUGUGCAGGGACGGCUGGCACGGGCCCAACAACGGCAUCACAAACUUUGACAACUUCCUGUUUGCCAUGCUGACAGUGUUCCAGAGUAUCACCAUGGAGGGCUGGACAGAUGUGCUGUAUUGGAUGAAUGAUGCUAUGGGCUCGGAGUUGCCCUGGGUCUAUUUUGUCAGUCUGGUCAUCUUUGGCUCGUUCUUCGUCCUCAAUCUGGUACUGGGUGUUCUCAGCGGAGAGUUUUCUAAGGAGCGUGAGAAAGCGAAGGCUCGAGGAGAUUUCCACAAACUGAGAGAGAAACAGCAGUUAGAGGAAGAUCUGAAGGGCUAUCUGGACUGGAUCACACAGGCUGAAGAUAUCGAUCCUGAUAAUGAUGAGGAGGGAGAUCAGGAGGCCAAACACAACCCAAACAUUCUGAAGAGCGAGACAGAAUCUGUGAACACAGAAAACCCAAGAGAGGAAGAGAAGAUCUUCUGCUGUGGACCUGUCUGUCAAAAAUUGACAAAGUCAAAGUUCAGCCGCUGGCGGUGCUGGAACAGGUUCUGUCGCAGAAAAUGCAGAGCUGUGGUCAAGUCCACCAUCUUUUAUUGGCUGGUCAUUCUGUUGGUGUUUCUGAACACACUGACCAUAUCAUCUGAGCAUUACAACCAACCAGACUGGCUCACGGAGGUCCAGGAUGUGGCUAAUAAGGUAUUAUUAGCUCUGUUUACAUGUGAGAUGUUGGUCAAGAUGUACAGUCUGGGACUUCAGGCGUACUUUGUCUCGCUCUUCAACCGGUUCGACUGUUUCGUGGUUUGUGGAGGCAUUAUGGAGACCAUCCUCGUGGAGUUGGAGUUUAUGUCUCCUCUUGGCAUCUCUGUUUUCCGCUGCGUUCGUCUCCUCAGAAUCUUCAAAGUCACCCGUCACUGGGCAUCUUUGAGUAAUCUGGUGGCAUCUCUGUUGAACUCCAUGAAGUCCAUCGCAUCUCUGCUUCUGCUGCUCUUUCUCUUCAUCAUCAUCUUCAGUCUGCUGGGAAUGCAGCUCUUCGGCGGCAAGUUCAACUUUGACGAGACUGUAACCAAACGAAGCACCUUUGAUAACUUCCCUCAAGCGCUGCUCACUGUGUUUCAGAUCUUGACAGGUGAGGACUGGAAUGCAGUGAUGUAUGAUGGGAUCAUGGCAUACGGAGGUCCGUCCUCCUCUGGCAUGCUCGUGAGCAUCUACUUCAUCAUCCUCUUCAUCUGUGGAAAUUAUAUCUUACUGAACGUCUUCUUGGCCAUCGCUGUGGAUAACCUGGCAGACGCUGAGAGUUUGAACUCAGCCCAGAGAGAACAAGAGAAGAAGAACAAGAGGAGGAAGAGUAUGACGAAGAAAGAUGGUGAAGACGCAAACACAGCGGUGUCUGUAGAUGUGGAUGCUGAUGAAGAUCAUACAGAGGACAUGGGCGACUAUGCAGGUGAGGAUGAAAAGGACGAGCCUGAGAUCCCGUCAGGACCACGGACUCAGAGACUCUCAGAUCUCAGUCUCAAAGAAAAGACGCCGCCCAUUCCUGAGGGCAGCGCCUUCUUCAUCUUCAGCAGAUCCAACCCGAUUCGUGUGCUGUGUCAUAGACUGAUCAAUCAUCAGAUCUUCACCAACCUCAUCCUCAUCUUCAUCAUGCUGAGCUCUGUCUCGCUGGCAGCCGAGGAUCCCAUUCGUAACUCAUCUGCCAGAAACAUCGUUCUGGGUUAUUUUGACUACGCCUUUACUGCUAUAUUUACGGUAGAGAUCCUGCUGAAGAUGAUGGCGUUUGGUGCUUUCCUGCACAAAGGAGCUUUUUGCCGGAGUUACUUUAAUUUAUUGGACCUGCUGGUGGUCGGAGUCUCUCUUGUUUCUUUCGGAAUACAAUCAUCUGCCAUUUCAGUGGUGAAGAUACUGAGGAUUCUGCGUGUGCUUCGACCCCUCCGAGCCAUCAACAGAGCCAAAGGACUCAAACAUGUGGUUCAGUGUGUGUUUGUGGCCAUCAGGACGAUCGGCAACAUCAUGAUUGUGACCACGCUCCUUCAGUUCAUGUUCGCUUGUAUCGGCGUUCAGCUCUUCAAGGGGAAGUUUUAUGGCUGCACAGACGAUGCCAAGUCAAGCCCGGAGGACUGCAGAGGGACGUACAUCGUGUACAGUAUCGGUGAGACGGCACUGCCGCAGGUGCGAGAGAGACUGUGGUACAACAGUGACUUUAACUUUGACAAUGUGCUGAUGGCUAUGAUGGCGCUCUUCACCGUCUCCACGUUUGAGGGCUGGCCAAGUCUGCUGUACAGAGCCAUCGACUCACACAGGGAGAACAUGGGUCCCAUUUACAACUACCGUGUGGAGAUCUCCAUCUUCUUCAUCAUCUACAUCAUCAUCAUCGCCUUCUUCAUGAUGAACAUCUUUGUGGGUUUUGUCAUCGUGACAUUUCAGGAGCAGGGCGAGAAAGAGUACAAUAACUGUGAGCUGGAUAAGAACCAGCGUCAGUGUGUGGAGUAUGCUCUGAAAGCCUGUCCGCUGAGGAGAUACAUCCCUAAAAACCUCUACCAGUAUAAGUUCUGGUAUGUGGUGAACUCGACCGGAUUCGAGUACGUCAUGUUUGUGCUCAUUGUCCUUAAUACGGUCUGUCUGGCUGUCCAGCAUCACGGCCAGUCGCGUCUGUUCAACUACGCCAUGGACAUUUUGAACAUGGUGUUCACUGGAGUCUUCGCAGUGGAAAUGAUCCUCAAACUGGUCGCCUUUAAACCGAGGCAUUAUUUCGCUGAUGCGUGGAACACCUUUGACGCUUUGAUUGUUGUUGGUAGCAUCGUUGACAUCGCAAUCACAGAGAUCAAUAACACGGAGGACAGCGCGAGAAUCUCCAUCACAUUCUUCCGUUUGUUUCGUGUCAUGCGGUUGGUGAAGCUGUUGAGCAGAGGGGAGGGCAUUCGCACGCUCUUAUGGACCUUCAUCAAAUCUUUUCAGGCUCUUCCAUACGUGGCUCUUCUCAUAGCGAUGCUCUUCUUCAUCUAUGCCGUUAUUGGAAUGCAGGUGUUUGGGAAGAUUGCCAUGGUGGAUGGAACCAGUAUAAAUCGUAACAAUAAUUUCCAGACGUUUCCUCAAUCUGUGCUCCUGUUGUUCAGAUGUGCGACAGGUGAAGCGUGGCAGCAGAUCAUGUUGGCUUGUCUGCCGGGUAAACAGUGCGACUCCGAGUCUGAAUAUAACCCUGGAGAAGAGAAGACCUGCGGAAGCAACUUCUCCAUCGUCUUCUUUAUCAGCUUUUACAUGCUCUGUGCUUUUCUGAUUAUUAAUUUGUUUGUUGCCGUCAUCAUGGACAAUUUUGACUACCUGACACGUGAUUGGUCCAUUCUCGGACCACAUCAUCUAGAUGAGUUAAAGAGGAUUUGGUCAGAAUAUGACCCUGAGGCCAAAGGCCGUAUCAAACACCUGGAUGUGGUGACGUUACUGCGCAGGAUUCAGCCUCCGCUCGGUUUCGGCAAACUGUGUCCUCAUAGAGUCGCCUGCAAGAGGUUGGUUGCUAUGAACAUGCCGUUAAAUAGCGACGGUACGGUGAUGUUCAACGCCACCCUGUUUGCUCUGGUGAGAACUGCUCUGAAAAUCAAGACCGAAGGUAAAGCAUGUGUGACUUUAUUUACACUUCCGUUUCGAGUCGAUGUGCGUGUCACGACUGCUGUGUGUCUCACAGGCAAUCUGGACCAAGCCAAUGAGGAGCUUCGAUCUGUUAUCAAGAAGAUCUGGAGGAGAACCAGCAUGAAACUCCUGGACCAAGUGGUGCCACCUGCUGGAGACGAUGAGGUCACCGUGGGAAAGUUUUACGCCACUUUCUUGAUUCAAGACUACUUCAGGAAAUUCAGGAAACGCAAGGAGCAGGGACUUGUUGGAUGUCAACCCCAUUUCAACACCACAACUGCUCUACAGGCCGGUCUGCGCACGCUGCAUGAUCUCGGCCCGGAGAUCCGUCGAGCCAUAUCAUGUGACCUACUGGAUGAAGGUCUAGUAGACGACAACCUUGAAGAGGAGGAAGACAUUUAUAGGAGGAAUGGACUUGUGUUUGCAAAUCACGUGAGCGGCGAGCAGUCGCACAACAGCAGCGUCACACAGCGUCCUCUCCAGCUUCCACUCGCAGUGUCUCAGGAAUACUGUCUGUCAAUCUCAGAUGCCAAAUCACCCAACAACAUCAUCAAGAAUGCCAACCCAUCUCAGAACAGCCUUGUGUCUUCUCUCAGCUCAUACCUCAACCUCAGGAGCGCUGGCGAGUUUCACCUCCGAGCUCACAGGCCAGACUCUUGUGCUGUUGGGUACCCGAGCAUCCGCAUAGAAAACUCCAACCCUGAUGACAUCAGCGAUGACACACGGAGCUCAGGGGAAUGUCUCAGUGAUGAGGAAAAGAGCUCAUACAGAGACGCUGAGGACAAUGGAAGUGAAUGUGGUCGACUCCUAUACCAGCAGUAUUCAAGACGCCACCUUUUAUCUACAUCUCAAACCUCUCAUAGACCAACGUUCCAUUUUGAGUGUCUGUGUCAACAGAGCAGUCUAGAUGAGAUUUCUCGACAGACAGAUCUACCAUCACAGCGACAGGUAAAGGCCGACACUAGACAUGAAUCCAGUCGAGCACGAUUCUCUCCAACUCGCUCCAUCCGCUCAUGGGUCACACCUCCAGCCACGCCUCCACCCUACACCCCUCUCAAUCAGACACCGCCCAGUGCCAGCAGCACACCAGGAUUGGCUCAGCGGAGCUUUUGGAAUUUCCAGCAGGGCUCCGAUUGGUUGCCACGCUCCCCAUCUCCAUCCCACCUGCAGAUUCCGUCUGGCUUUUGUGGUUCACACCUGCAGCAUCGGGGCAGCGCUCACAGUCUGGUGGAAGCGGUUUUGAUAUCUGAAGGACUGGGCAAAUACGCAAAGGAUCCGAAGUUUGUAACCGUCACCAAACACGAGAUCGCUGACGCUUGUGAAAUGACAGUUGAUGAAAUGGAAAGUGCUGCUAGUAACUUACUGAAUGUCACAAUAGGCCACGGAGCAGAGCCGUAUGAAACGGACUCGUAUUUUAGCAACAAGGAUCGUAGCCUCCGUGACUACAGCGACGAGGAGACAAACCUGAGCAGCAAACCCGAGGAGGAUCUAUCAGACGAAAUGAUCUACAUCUCAGCUUUAUAGCGAAGAACUAAAAGUGAAGAAUGGAGUCGUGCCAUUAUCAGUAGUGUCAUGGAGAGAUGAGCUCUUUAAAUCAAGAGCCGAAUGUGACGACAGUACCAGCUUGUGUUUUUCUGUUCGUUGCUGGACUUAAGAGCAGGGGCCUCAUUUUUUAAGCGUGCUUACACGCGGAGUGGAUCGUAGAGUGUGCAUACGCAAAAAUCCACAGAAACGCUCAUAUUUAUAAAAACGGUCUUUGCCAUUAAAAAGUACUUAGCGCCACGCCAGGGUCUGAGCAGAUGCACACUUUUGCUCGUUGGAAGUAUAAGCCAUUCUUGCCACUCGUAUAGGAUUUGGACGUUGGCAGGUGCUCAUUCAUAUAUUAAUGACAUUAAAGGGCUAGUUCACCCAAAAAUGAAAAUUCUGUCUUCAUUUACUCAUCCUCAGAUGGUUUCAAAUCUGCAUAAAUGUCUUUGUUCGGUUGAACACAAAGAAAGAUAUUUAGAAGAAUGUAAGCAAUUUCCAGUUACGGGACAUCAUCCACUACCAUAGUAGAAAAGAAAUAUUGUCUAUUUUUUGUUCUGUUGAAUACAAAAUGAGAUCUUUUGAUGAAUUUAGGAAAACAAACAGUUCUGGAGCACCUUUGACUACCAAAGUAGAACCAAUUUAAAUGGUAGUCAAAGGUGCUCCAGAACUGAAAAUUGCUAACAUUCUUCCAGAUAUCUUAUCUGUAAUUUAUACAGGUAUGAAAUUAAAUGAGGUUCAGUGAAUGAUGACAGAGUUUUCAUUUUUGGGUGAACUAUCACGUUAAUUAGACAUCAUUAAAAGGCAGAGAUCUGAAACUGUUCAAGAUCAUUUGCAAUUAAUCGAUUUUCAUCUGAAGAGAGGCGUACACACUUUUUCUGUGCGUACGUUCAUUCUAUGAAUCACUGGUACACACUUUGAGAAAUGUUGCGUAGAAAUCUUCCUAAAUUUGAUUUUACAAUCAUUUUAGGCCCCAGGUU